CCCGACUCGCUCGAGACAAUCGGAUAUGCCUACGGCAAGACAGUCUCGGACGCUGAACAUAGCCAGGUGGGUGUCGAGCGUGUAUCCAGCGGUCGCCGGAAAGACCUUGGGGUCUGCACCACGAAGAAGGAGAUUGCCGGGGUGGGGUUUAGUACUGUUACCGAGGAAGCAGCGAUGAGUGGGAUCGGUACGUAUGUGGGUGGUGCGGUGUGUAUCGCCCGGGUUCCGAAUGGAAAACCAAAAGUCUGGGACUAUGGCAUCGUGGUCGGUCGACGAGCACAUCAGGUUGUUGUUGUACCGAAUGUGCUAAUUACCUCGGUGGAAAAAGCAAACGAGGUAAUGAGAUCGGAGCAGCAGCCGGCAGGAAAUCUUGAGGAGGAGAACAUAGAGCAACUUGGCGACUCAGAUGACGACCUGCUGCCCAGUGGAGACCUUCAGCACGACCUAUCAAGCAAGAUGAACGAAAUAGGGAAGCGUGCCAGAGAUACUGAAGCCCUCCAGCCCUCGAGUGAAGCGCGACUGUUGGCGUUGCGCCGUCGACUGGGAGAUGACCCCGAGAUGAUCAGGGAGAUUGAUCAAGUAAUUGCGUUUCGCCAGGCUAAUUUGGCAAAGGCAGCCCGAGAACGUUGGUGA